CCUGAACGCCACGUUACUUCUCAGCCGGUGUUGUGUAUUUACGCCCCUCGGUUUCCAUGCUUGAGGGACGAAAGACACUGUGUUCAGGUGGAUAAAGGUGAAGAGGAUUUCAUGUAAUCUAUGGACACCAGUGAAGAUAACAAAUCAUUGAAGAAAAAAGGUUCAGCACACUGUCUAGUGGGUCUAGAUGACCCCACUCCCAAUGUUAAAGUGCCUAGGAUAGCACAAUGAUUAAGAAAGAAAAAGAAAACAUCAAUUUAGAGUGGACUUUUUUUUUCUUUCCUGCAGGAAGUUCUUGUCACCAGAGUGCAGUGGACCAUAUGUGCUCUCCGAUUCAAAGCUCCGUGACAUUCUUUUGUUUUGUUCAUCAAAAUUAGGAAAAUCAUGACUCUAACCAGAGGAUCUUUCACAUAUGCCAGUGGGGAAGAGUACCAUGGAGAAUGGAAGGAAGGUCGGCGGCACGGUCUCGGUCAGCUCAAGUUUCAAGAUGGAACUUGUUACUCGGGUCAGUUUGAGAACGGACUUUUUCAUGGCUCGGGCGUGCUGCUUUUCACAGAUGGAUCUAGGUAUGAAGGAGAGUUUUUAAACGGACAGUUUCAAGGCACAGGCGUCUUCAGUCGAUAUGAUGGGAUGAAAUUUGAAGGCGAAUUCAAAGACGGGCGUGUAGAGGGAUAUGGACUGUUGACAUUCCCGGAUGGAUCUCAUGGUGUUCCCAGAAACGAGGGCCUGUUCCAAAAUCACAAGCUCCAGAAGAGGGAAAAGUGUCCUGGAGUGGUACAGCGUGCACAAGCCUCUGCCUCCACCGCACAUAGCCUGGCGUUUUGAAAGCCCUGGACAACAAAUGAAAGAGACACAAGCAGAGUUUUAACAUCAUUCAGAUGAACCUCAGGGAUGUAUGCCACAUGCUUAUCCCUGUUUCCCACCAUCCUCUUCUCUCUGCACCCUUAUUGAAUCUCCUGCAGCGACCUGGAUUGCUAAAAACAUUCAACCAAAUGUGUUUAUUUCUGGCUGACUUGAGAUGAACCUGUGAAGGUAAAGUGGACAUCACUGGUCAUGAAAGCAGCAUUUUUUAUUGAUUGUAUUCUGAAGAAGUGUCUUACAAUCUUCCUCAAGUGAAAGCCUUUGUUUUUGUUUUGUUUUUUAAAUCAGACAACUGGGACCUCUUCCUACAGUUCUUCUACUGCACUGCUACUUAAACGACUGCAUAUUUCAAGUGUGGUAGAGUUGAAGCACAGGGCAUCUGCGCAUAAAUAAGUGCAGUGGUCUUUUGGAGCAGGACGAGUAAGAGUUGAUUCUGAGCUCCUCCACAUGUUGAAGUGUCCUUGGGAAAAAUCUGUGUUCCUCUAUAAGGGUAGAUCCUUAUCUAAAUUAGGAAAAGAUUAAUGAGUUUUUGUCAUUUUUAUAUAGAUACUGCUGUAAAUCGCUUUGUAGAAAUUUUGCACAAAUUUUAAAGUUGAAAACGUUCAGCUAGGAAGUGAAUACAUUUUAUUUUCAAAGGCUGUGGUUUAUUACUAUAACUUAAGGGGCCCUGUGCAUGUAAUGUAAAAUGUUAUAGUAAAAAUAGCUGUAAAAUUAACCUCUCUACUCUAGAUUCAAUUCUACGAGAGACCUCAGUCCGCCGUCAUUUUCCUUUAUUUAUGACCCACAGUUCACGACAAGACAAGAACAAGAAAAGCAUAAACUUGAGAGCAUCACUUAACUGUAGUGGACUGAAACAAAAUUUGCUUUAAUGCUACUAGAGCUGCACAAUAUGAGAAAAACAUGCGAUUUGCAAUAUUAGUGAUCAAUGUUGCAAUGGUGAUAUGACAUGCAAUGCAUACAAAACAAAUAGCAAAACAACUAAUACAUAAUUUCCAUAUCAAUUUCAACAGUUUUAUUAAAUAAUUACAAGUCAACAUAACUUAAAUUAAACUCCAAAUGACCCACGUCUACAUAGGAGGCCGGACUCUAACAUAAAAGUCCUCCAUUCGAUUGGUCAACGAUGUUAAGGGGUACAUCCAAUUUGUCUAAAAGGGGCUUUUUGGUUUUUUAAAUACUUCAAGCUGGAAUGAUAUUGUUUCAGCAUCUGUGUGAACAUUUAGGGUAAUCAUUUAUCGCAGUUUACGCCAUCUUUUGCGAUACGCAAAUCACAGAUGCUAAUACUGAGAUUAUGAUAUUUGUUUUAUUUAUUGUGCAGGGUUAGAUGCUGCACGGAUCAAUGGUUUCCCACAUUUGUGAAUAGUAGUGCGCAAAGACAAGCAGAGAAAACUCUUUCAUUUGGAGUAGUAACUUUUUACUAACCCAAAGAGCUCAUUCUAUCUCUUUCUGGCUCAGAAGCUUGACGAGAGGAUCUUUAGGGUCUAGUCAUGACUCAGACAUCCUCACAGGGCAUUCAUUGCUUGCCGUCCCUGGAUCUACUCAUAAACUUCUUUGAACGUCAUUGUCUAGGCACAGCUAACACAUGCGGCAACACAUUAGAUCCUUCAUGGCUUGCCCUCCCAUCCCUUCUAUUUUGUUCUCAAUAAUCAGAGUGGUCACCAGGUCCCAGGUGGUGGGCUGUAAAGGCACCAAGACUUGAAAGAGUCUGUGCUAUUUCACACCAACCUGCAACUUGCGGGAGAACUGUAGGUCAUGGCUUUAGGAACCCAAAGUAGCCACAUAGUUCACAGAAAGCAAAGCUGAGAUUUUGCUGAGAUUGCCUUAGAGAGUUUUAUGUUUGGUUUUAAAAUGGAUCAUUUUUAAAUUCUCUUCUCCUUUGCAUUUGUUUUUACGUGAAAUCCGUCACGCAAACAAAAGUUGAGGACCUUUUUGUUAAAAACUUUAAAAUAAAAUUGCUUCACUCACACACAAAUCCAACAGAUUUCCAUUUUCUGACAAACCUCUAGUCCCGAUGAUGGAAAUCAUUGAUGGGAAGAUGUGGGUCUUUUUUUCUUUUAGAUCAUACUGACUUUGCAUCAUCAAAGUAAAAUCAAAGACGCAGAGACUUUCAAAGUAAAGGAAUCACUUGUUUGGGAGCAAUUAAUGUGUAUUUAUUUUAAUUCAAAAUACAUUUUUGGUUAUUAUCACAUGUUGUAAAUAUAUUUCAAACUCGAAAUAAAGAUUUUCAGAAUGGAGUUUUACGAUGGAGAAAAAUGUAAUGCCCUCAUCAUAAAACAGGGUUUAAACUAUAGGUUGCCUAUAAAACAUCAACCAAAGAGGAGCAAUUAUGAGAUUAUUGACAGUGUCAGUAAAGGCUUCCUUUUUAACAACAAAGAUGUUUCUUAGGAUGAAACUUGGCUGGUGCUAUAAGGCCAAAAAUGGAACUGGCUAAAGAUAAACCAGAAAAAUCAAGGGGCUUUUUGCAUUGAAUUCUUCUGUUUAUAUUCUAUCAAAUAAAAAAAAUAUUACUGUUACCCUUCAUUAGUAGUACUUGCUAUAAGCCAUUUCAGUGUUUCAUGGCUGUGGCACAUUUGAGUACUGAUACUUUAAAAUACUCUUGAAUGUCGUAUAUGCAAAGACUGAGACAUGGUGCAUUUAAAAAAAAGUCUCUUUUCUUUACACUCAAUAAAACUCAACUGAACUUCAGCCAUGUUUGCCCAUAUGCCCUUGCCUGUCAAGCUGAAAGCCUAAGAAUCACACUAAAUGUCUGUUUUCACCUGGAGUGAAAUGGUGCUUUAAAAGCAUGCCUGUAGUCUAGACUUUCACUUCAUCGUCAUGGUUACCAUUGUAAGAUUGUAUUGUUGUGUGAGUGCUGUGACAAAGCACUGCAAGUUUUUCUGUAACGGAGAAGCAUAAAGUUAAUAAAGAAUUUUGUUGCAAAGAA